GUUUGUUGUUCAGAGAGAAGCGGUGCGGAGAGGUUCGAUGCCCGAGUCCGCUGUGCUUUUUGUAUUUGAAACCAAACCAUGGGCUUUGAGUUGGAGCGGUUUAGCGGCGUCGUGGACCCGGACCUGAAGUGUAACCUCUGCCACAAAGUGCUGGAGGAGCCUCUCACAACGCCGUGCGGCCACGUCUUCUGCGCGGCGUGCGUGUUGCCGUGGGUGGCGCAGCAGCGCAGCUGUCCGGCGCAGUGCCGGCGGCGCGUGUCGGCCCAGGAGCUGCACCAUGUUCCGCCGCUCAAGAGCCUCGUGCUCAAGCUGGAUAUCCGCUGCGAGCAUCACGCGCGGGGCUGCCGCCAAGUCGUCAAGCUCCAGCAGCUCUCCGAGCACGCAGAGACGUGUGAGUUCGCCCCGGCGCGCUGCCGCAACGACGGCUGCAGCCAGGUGCUCAACCUCAAGGACGUGCACUUGCACAUGCGCGACGCCUGCGAGUACCGGCCGGCUGGCGCGUGCGAGCAGGGCUGCGGGCUCGGCCUGACGCACCGCGAGCGCUACGUGGACGGACACUGCUGCGUGCGCGCGCUCAAGGCGCACAGCAGCGCGCUGCAGGCCCGAGUCAGCAGCCUGGAGAGCGAGUGGAAGAGGCAGGCGGGGCGCGCGAGCAAGCGCGAGAAAUCCCUCCUGGCGCAGCUCUCCUCCGCGCACAGCGCGCUGCAGAUAACGGCGCUGCGCUACCAGAGGAAGUUCACCGAGUACAGCGCGCGCAUCGACUCGCUCACCAGGAGCUGCGCGACGCUUCCGAAGGGUGGCGAGAGCAAAAGUGUCACAGUUGUGCUCCACAGAGAGUCUGGAUCUUUGGGCUUUAAUAUUGUUGGAGGACGACCAUGUGUGGAUAAUGAAGAUGGGACUUCAAAUGAAGGUAUCUUUGUAUCAAAGAUUGUGGAGCAUGGACCAGUGGAUACAGAAGGGGGGCUUCAGAUUCAUGACAGAAUAAUGGAGGUAAAUGGCAAAGACCUGUCCAACGCGACUCACGAGCAGGCGGUAGAGGCUUUCCGCACAGCCAAAGAGCCCAUCAUGGUGCAGGUGUUGCGCAGAACACCGAGGCUCAAACCUGCAGGACCUGAAGAGGAUGCCCAUUUGAUGGACAUCAGUACCCAGACGGACAUCACCUUCCAGCACAUUAUGGCCCUCAGCAAGCUGCCUGCCUCAACACCACCUGUACUUGAUCAGUACCUGCUGCCUGAAGGACACAGUGCCCAGCAUGAGUAUUUCGACCCGAACGAUUACCUAGAGACCAUGCAACAAGAUAUGGAAAGAGAAGAACUUGAAUAUGAGGAAGUGGAUUUGUACAGGACAAAUAUCCAGGACAAGCUGGGCUUGACGGUGUGCUAUAGGACUGAUGACGAGGAUGAAACUGGGAUAUAUGUCAGUGAGAUUGAUCCAAACAGCAUUGCUGCAAAAGAUGGUCGACUCAGGGAAGGGGACAGAAUCAUCCAGAUCAAUGGUAUAGAGGUGCAGAAUCGGGAGGAGGCGGUGGCUCUGCUUACGAGUGAAGAAAACCAGAAUGUAUGCUUGCUGGUGGCUCGGCCAGAGAUACAGCUUGAUGAUGGAUGGAUGGAAGAUGACAGAAAUGAUUUCCUCGAUGAACUGCACAUGGAUAUGCUCGAGCAGCAGCAUCACCAGGCCAUGCAGUUCACUGCCAGCAUGCUCCAACAGAAGAAGCCUGUGGAGGAUGGAGGCAUGAUGGACACAGGAACUCUGCUCUCGCAGCAGCAUGAGAAGGACAGCGGCGUGGGCCGCACAGACGAGAGCACCCGUAAUGAUGAGAGCUCAGAGCAGGAGAACCUCUGCGAUGACCAGACCAGUGCCUCUACCACACUGGGCAGUCACAGGCGCCUGGCAUACAGUCAGGACACACUGGGAAGCAGUGACCUUCCCUUCAGCAAUGAGUCCUUCAUCUCGGCUGACUACACCGAUGCAGACUUCCUGGGUGACUUCCCAGUUGAUGAGUGUGAGCGUUUCAGGGAGCUGUUGGAGCUCAAAUGCCAGGUGAGGAGUGGGGGUGGCAUGGGCAUAAACUGGCCCAGCUUUGGCAUAGAUGGCGGACAAGGAUUCAGCGGUGCAGGGGAUGAUGUCGUGGACAAGGAGCUGGAGCUUCUUAACGCAGAGCUGCGUAACAUUGAACUGGAAUGCCUGAGCAUUGUGCGGGCGCACCGUACACAGCAGCUACGUGAGCAGCCAUGGAUGUUGCACAACAGCGGCUUCCGCAACUAUAACACAAGUGUGGAUGCACGGCGCCACGAGCUGGCCGAUAUCAGCGAGCUGCCCGAGAAGUCAGACAAGGACAGCUCGAGUGCUUACAAUACAGGAGAGAGCUGCCGCAGCACACCACUUACCCUCGAGAUCUCGCCAGACAACUCUUUACACCGAGCUAAUGAAGGGCUUGCAGAAGCCAGUGCAGGAGGUACUGUAACAAGCUCAAACACCAGAAUCUUAAGGCCCCUGCUAUCACCUGUCCAAGAGGCUUCGGUUUCCAGCAGCAGUCGAGCUGCUCCUCCCAAAGAUCCUGAUACUGGCCACCAUUCUGAGGCCAAAGAGCGCAAGCCGAAUCGCCUCAGCCAUCCACACUCGCCCUACAAACAUGCUCACAUCCCAGCACACGCUCAGCAUUAUCAAAGCUACAUGCAGUUGAUUCAGCAAAAGUCAGCUGUAGAGUACGCACAAAGCCAGAUGAGUCUCGCCAGCAUGUGCCGGGACCCAGUAUCCGCCGAGCCCAAAGCAGAAUGGAAGGUGAAGAUCCGCAGCGAUGGCACCCGGUACAUCACCAAGAGACCAGCACGUGAUCGCCUGUUGAAGGAGCGUGCCCUGCGCAUCCGAGAGGAGCGCAGUGGAGGCAUGACCACAGACGACGACGCAGCCAGCGAGCUGAAGAUGGGCCGCUACUGGAGCAAGGAGGAGCGUAAGCAGCACGCCGUACGUGCCAGAGAACAGCGUCAACGGCGCGAGUUCAUGAAGCAGAGUCGCACAGACUGGCUGAAGGAGCAGAACGGCAGCGGCGCCGACGACAAAAAGGAGGUCAACAUCAUUGAACUAAGUCACAAAAAAAUGAUGAAGAAGCGCAACAAGAAGAUCUUCGAUAACUGGAUGACCAUCCAGGAACUGCUCACGCACGGUGCACGGUCUCCAGAUGGCACACGAGUGUACAACUCGCUACUGUCGGUGACCACAGUGUGAACUGGUGGCUCUGGCUGCUGUACAUAGGACACUACCGAUUGAGGUAGAGUAUCCUGCCUCGUUCAAUGUGGCAAUGUUUGUAAAUAAGGAAGUAGUAUCUUUGUUCGUUUGAAGGGGUUUUGUGAUCAGCAGUUAAGAGAAGGUACGAUGAAAGUUUCAGAGAAUGGACAAGGAGGAGAGGGGAAAAAAAUGGUUUUGCAUAAUACUUUCUACGUCGUGCUUGCUUUUCGAGUAAUUACGGUAUAAAGGAACUGUUUCUUAACAUUUGGGCCUUUCUAAAAGAUUUCUGAAAACAGUUUAAAGACCACUUGUCCUAAAACAACCGACAGCUACUUUUUUUUUUUUUUUACAAGUCAUUUUUAUCAGUAUUUUACUCAUCAUGCAUACAUUUUGCUUAUUUAAAGUAAUACGAUGUAUUUAGCUUCAUGGCCAAUACAAUACCUUGGGAGGACAUUGUUACAUUUUUUUUUCUUUCUUUCCCAACAACACUACAACCAUUUUAAAUAUUUUAUAGGUGCUGUUGAAAACAAUUGCAUUAUAUACAGGUUGUAGCAUUGUGUUACAGCUGUUACGGUAAAUAGGUCAAGAUAAUUCAAGGUUCGUUGCAUUGUAAAGGUACAUUCUGUGUUUUGUUGAACAAGAUAAUGAACACCUGAUCGCUAAUCUGCUGAAAAGAUCAGUUUUAAGUACAGUUCUCAAUCUUGGAGAAAUCUUGAGACACAGGAAGCAGUAUUGCAAAAACACCUUUCAAAGUUUUAAUCACUUUGUGUGCAUUAUCAUUGUGCAAAAGACAUUUAAUUCUAUGAUAUUUUUUUUUUUUUUUUAUAUUGUAUGUAUAUAGCAUACCAUAAAGGAUGCAAAUAAAUUGGUCUUAAACAAA